AUGCGGUACAUUUAUCCACAAAUUUUGGAUUCAUUGUUUAUCGAAUCACUCCGUUAUGUUGAUUACAUUUAUCUUCAAAAACAUAAAGGUGAAAAAGAAUUACGUCCUCAAUAUGCACUAUCUUUAGAGCGUUAUAAAUAUAGUUAUGACUGGACAGAAGUGUAUAAAUAUUUCAAGCGAAUGUGGAACCAAAUCAAAAUAGCCGUGUUACUAUAUUUUCUGUCACUUUUACCCUUCAUAGGGGCACUUGUUUAUCCAGUAGCCAGUGCGUAUGCAUUGAUACGUUCUAUAGGCUAUAAACCUGCUAUUACCGUAGGUGUGUUGAUGUAUAUUACUCCGGGAACAAAACCAUUUGCCAUGGUUUUUCUUGAAACCUUACUUUCUUCGAGAGCUUUGAUGCGCGAACUAUUAGAGCCUUACUUUGGUAGAAUCAAUUUCGAAGACAAAGAAAAACGGAAAUGGUUCAGAGAAAGGGAAGGAAUAUUAUUUGGCUUUUCCAUUGGCUUCUAUCCAUUAGUAAGACUACCCUUGAUCGGAAUGUUAUUCUAUGGUGUGGCACAGGCCGCUGCUGCUUUUGUUCUCAUCAAAACCACAGAUCCUCCGCCACCUCCACACCUUAUUUCUACAUACAAGUUAGAUUAUCAUUACAAAGAUCCUAGAGAGAAGAAGCAUAAAGGACAAUGA